ACAGCCUAUAAUGUAUCCCUCGGUGAAGGCCAGAUACAUCGCAAUCCGAUUCACGCUGCGUUCCUUCGUCGCCUUGCUAUCGCCAGAGAUCCAGUUGAACUCUUCUACAGAGGCGACAUUGCUAACCAAAUCGUUCACGAAAUGAAACAACGUGGUGGUUUACUCACGAAAACAGACUUGGCCAGUUUCGAAAGCAAGAUCGAAAAGCCGCUGGAAGUCAAGCUGUCUAAUGGAUUCAGCCUAAAAGGACCCCACCCUCCAUCUGCCUUCACUGCUUUGGGUCUUCUCGUAGAGCUCAUGAUGAGUCGAUACAGUACUCGGUCAAACGUAUCAGUGGAUGUUUCUUACAUCAGAGAUCUUCUGAAGGCUGAACAUGCUGCCUUGGCAAGACUCGAACAAAUAGGUGAUCUCGAUUAUAUGCUGAGCGAUCCAACUACUAGAACCCUGCGAACAGCGCAGAACAGUACCGGCGACACUUCAGAUGAGGGAAGGAGCAUAGACAUCAGAAACCUGAUGUGGAAUUUGAAAGAUCAAAGCUCUGUUGGUUCCCACAUCAAUGUUGUAGAUGGACGAAAUCUCACAGUGGCGCUCAGCUCUUCCCUUAAUGAAAGGUUUGGUUCCGUGAGGCGCUCUGUGAAAGGUGGAUUCGUAUGGAACAACGAAAUAUCGUCAUUCACAAUACCUGAUAAAGAGAAAAGUGAGGACAUUCACGUGAAUGCAGUGGAAGGUAGAAAACGACCCCGCAGUUCAAUGGCACCAUUGAUGGUCUUCGAUCAAAGCGGCCAGGUAAUACUUCGAAUUUCAGGGAAGAUCCACUGCUGUAGAUAG